UACCUAAAAAAUGAAUUCCUCAAAAUAUACAGCACGCGCAACUUCUACUAUUACCACACCGCCUACCUACACCAAGUUCUCACCACUAUAAACCCUAACUCCACUUACCUGCACAAAGAGUUCAGACCUCGGCUUCUGCCUAGCCACAUCAGGCUUCAACUGACGAAAUUUAUGAGGAAGUCAAGUAGGGGAAAGAAGAAGGGGUUUAAGAGAAAUAAGAUGAAGAUUGAGCGAAAUAAGAUGACGAAGAGAGUAUUAAAUGAUUUGCAGAAGAAAUCAAUGGUUAAGAAUUCUUGUUUCCAUAAUACGAUGCGAGCGAGGAUGCAAAGGAGAACUGGAAAUAGGAAAAAUAUUCUUGAUAAUUUUAAGAUCCAAAAGAAGCUUAGAAAUGCAUCGAAAAAUAAGCAUCCAAAACUUUUCAGCCCUUCAAGUGCUUCAAGGAAUCUUAAUCAAGGAGUACUAAGCCCUCGAACUUUCAUGCCUCCAAAAAUAGCACCUCCCCCUACUCUAGCCAUCAUUAGGCCUAAACGAAGCCCAUGUGUGCCUACCCCCACUUCUCCAGUCACAAGUCCCAGAUACGAAAUCUUUACCAGCUCCAAACAAAUAACCCCCCAUUCUCGGUACCCAACCAGCCUAGACUCAUUCAAAUAACACAAAGAAACCUGUUCGGAUGGGAAGGAAUUUUUAUGUGGAGAAUAAGGUUGCUGCUAUGCCACCAAAGAAGCCGGGAUUGAAGGGGACUACAAGGAAGUUAUUUGAGUACCUUCAUGAUGUUUCAGAGACAUCUGAUCAAUGUUCUUCGAAGAGAUUAUAAGGACUCCUCAUGUUAAAGAUUCUCAGUUCUUCUAUUCCAAAAAUAUUAGUGGAAAUUUAAAUCAUAAUUUGGCAAGAAACACUUCAAGACAGAGUUGUCACUCUCAUAAUUCCUCUUCAAAGGCACCUAUGAAGAGUGGUUUCUGUAAACCAAGCCCUACAAGAGAGUCUUGAAAAAGUGUAUCAGAAAGUUGAAGUGAAAAAGUCGACUUUUGUCUCAAAGAUAGAAAUCGUACAAAAAAGAAAUUUGAAAACUUAAUAGCCACAAGUUUAUCACAAACAGGUUUAAUAAUGUAAACAAGAUAUACCUUUGAUGAGAUCCAAUAUCUUUUGCAAGACAGAAACCUCAAGAUUAAUAACCGAAUUAACUCCAAUAUUGGGUUGUAGCACUAUGUAUUUUACUUAAUCCGGAUUAAAAGUAAUAAAUC